GGUAGGAUCAGUGGACGCGGCGGCUGAGACCGUGCGGAACUGGCGUUGUCUACUGAGCUUGUCCGGCCGUGAGCAGAGAUGGCGGCGGCUUUUCGGAAGGCAGCUAAGUCCCGGCAGCGGGAACACCGAGAGCGAAGCCAGCCCGGCUUUCGAAAACAUCUGGGCCUGCUGGAGAAAAAGAAAGAUUACAAACUUCGUGCAGAUGACUACCGGAAAAAGCAGGAAUACCUCAGAACUCUGCGGAAGAAGGCUCUUGAAAAAAAUCCAGAUGAAUUCUACUAUAAAAUGACCCGGGCGAAACUCCAGGAUGGAGUUCAUGUUAUUAAGGAGACUAAGGAAGAGGUAACUCCGGAACAGCUGAAACUGAUGAGAACUCAGGAUGUCAAAUACAUAGAAAUGAAAAGGCUGGCAGAAGCUAAGAAAAUUGAAAGACUAAAAUCAGAGCUCCAUCUGCUGGAUUUCCAGGGGAAGCAACAGAAUAAGCAUGUGUUCUUUUUUGACACCAAAAAGGAAGUUGAACAGUUUGAUAUUGCAACUCACCUGCGAACAGCCCCGGAACUAGUCGACAGAGUCUUUAAUAGACCCAGAAUAGAGACCUUGCAGAAGGAGAAAGUGAAAGGAGUUACGCAUCAGACUCGACUUAAGCGGAUCGCUAAAGAGAGGCAGCAGCAGUAUAACUGCCUGACACAGCGGAUUGAGCGCGAGAAGAAAUUGUUCGUUGUUGCACAGAAAAUUCAAACACGCAAAGAUCUUCUGGAUAAAACUCGGAAGGUAAAGGUGAAGAAAGAAACAGUGAACUCCCCAGCUAUUUACAAAUUUCAGAGUCGUCGAAAACGUUGAAGUGUUACAGAUAAGCCUUGUCAUUCCGCACGGAAAAGAAUUCUGUUUUUUUUCCCAGUAACUUCAAAUUCCAUUAGUCUAGAUGACCUGGUUUUCCUGUUUGUAACCAAAAUUUUUUGUGGCUCUGACAUUUGAUAUGAACAACAUUGAAGCCCCUUCCCCCGUCUUACUGUUUUUGGGUUGUGAAAUAGGUCUUUUUUGUAUAUACUUACAUUUUUUUCAUUAUGAAAGUUAUAUAAUCUCGUUACAGCAAAUUUGGAAAAUAAACGAGUUCAUCGCUAGUCCCAGUACUUAUUCAAGAACAACAAAUAAUGAUCACGUACUUACACUGCUAGGAGCUAGGGCAGGGGAGGUGAACAGCUACUGUGAGCAUUCUGGUUCCCUUCCUCCAUUUCGUGAAGGUGUGCACUGGUUUUUGUGUCUUGUAGUUGUAAUUAUAGUAAACAAUUUCAUAGCCUACUUUUUUCGCUUACUAUUAAAUCGUUAGCUCUUUUCCGUUUUGUUACAUCAUUAAAUUUUUAAAAAGUAAUAUAUGCUCAUAGUAAAAAUUAAAAUAAAUAUUGCUUUUAAUGUU